GUUUAGCUCGGCCUUCGCCCUUCGCUCGAGUUUGCUUUGUUGUUGCCUGCAGUUGCCGACGAACUAGUUUUGCGCCUUGCCGCGACCGUGUGAUGUGACCUGUUGAUUUAUUUCUCAUCGUGUUUUGUGCUUUUGUCUGUGAUAAAAAUGACAUGAUGCUGUUUAAAAAUGUUCUAAGUGGUGCGCGUUAAGUGUUUGUGUUCAGUGUAAAAUGGGUUUGAUAACUUCAAGGGAGCAGACAAUGUUGGACGGUCCGGUGGCGUCGGCGAAGAGCCACCAUGUACGGCAGCCUUCGACUAGGAACCGGACGAAGCCUCCGAUGCCGGACCGGGAUGAGUUGGAAAACCGUUUCGUCAAAGUUUUGGCGUCUAUGGACCUUCCUCCGGACAAAGCAAAACUCUUGCGCAACUAUGACCUGGAAAAGAAAUGGGAGAUCAUCUGCGACCAGGACAUGGUGCAAGCGAAGGACUCGCCGGCGCACUACCUCAACAAACUCAGAACGUACCUCGACCCCAAAGCUUCCAGGAGUCACAGGAAACGAAAAAUGGUCGGCGACUCAACUUCGACGCAAGUCCUCAGGGAUUUGGAGAUUUCAUUACGAACAAACCACAUAGAAUGGGUGCGCGAAUUCCUAAACGAACAGAACCAGGGUCUGGACGUGCUGAUCGACUACCUCAGCUUCAGGCUCAGCAUGAUGCGGCAUGAGCAGAGGAUCGCACUCGCGAGGAGUCAGUCCAGCGAUGGGAUCAACCAAGUAAACACAACGACAUCAGAAUGCAGUGGACCAACAGAAACUGGUUCUACAAUGUCAGCCUCAUGGCGACGGAGGGCGCGCAGUGCAGAAGCUGAGUGUGAGGGUGCAGCCAGCCCGGCCGUUGCUAGGCGUCGGACGAGGCACGCCGCGAGACUCAACAUGGGCGCCUCCACCGACGAUAUACACGUCUGCAUCAUGUGCAUGCGAGCUAUCAUGAAUAAUAAGUAUGGCUUCAACAUGGUGAUCCAGCAUCGUGAAGCGAUCAACAGUAUAGCUCUCUCCCUAGUCCACCACUCGUUGCGAACCAAAGCUCUAGUGCUGGAACUCCUGGCUGCCAUUUGCCUAGUGAAGGGUGGCCAUCAGAUCAUACUGUCAGCUUUCGACAACUUCAAGGAGGUGGUCGGCGAGCCCAGGCGGUUUCACACGCUCAUGGAGUAUUUUAUGAAUUAUGAUAAUUUUCAUAUCGAGUUUAUGGUGGCGUGCAUGCAAUUUGUGAACAUAAUAGUCCAUUCUGUGGAAGAUAUGAACUUCAGAGUGCACUUGCAAUACGAGUUCACUGCGCUUAAGCUGGACGACUAUCUCGAGCGGCUACGAUUGUGUGAGAGCGAUGACUUACAGGUGCAAAUCUCAGCGUACUUGGACAACGUGUUCGACGUGGCCGCGUUAAUGGAGGACAGUGAGACCAAGACUGCUGCACUCGAGAAAGUCAACGAACUCGAAGAUGAAUUGGGACAUGCACACGAAAGAAUGGCGGCACUAGAGAGAGAAGCUAUAGCGAAGCUAGCGACGUUGGAAUCGGAGCUGGCGGCUGUCAGAGCCGAGAGAGACCAGCUCGCUGAGGCUAGAAGACAGGUCGUUGAGGAGGUAUCGACGCUACGUCGCGCGCAGCAGGACUCGCGCAACCGGCAGUCGAUGUUAGAGUCCAAGGUUCAGGAACUCGAGUCACUCACCAAGUCCCUGCCCCGAGGAGCUUCUAUGGGUGCUAUAUCCUCACACGCGAUGUGCAACGGUACUACAAACGGUCACAGUGCGUCCCCCCCUCCCAUUCCAAACGGAGACACGCCCACAACCAAAUGUCCCCCGCCGCCUCCCCCUCCGGCGCCGGCCCCGCCCGCACCUCCCGCGCCACCCCCAGCAGCACCGUGCCCCCCUCCACCUCCUCCCCCUCCGCUAUCCUCUUCUGCGCCCCCUCCCCCCGCACCUCCCGCACCCGGGUUAAUGGCACCCCCGAUGCACACGGACGCCAUGACCAUCAAACGGAAGGUGGAUACGAAGUAUAAGCUGCCCACGCUCAACUGGAUCGCGCUCAAGCCUAACCAAGUACGUGGUACAAUAUUCAACGAAUUGGAUGAGGAACGACCUCGGCGGCGGAUCAACUUCGCGGAGUUCGAAGAGAAGUUCCGGCUCGGGGGCGCCGUGGGGGCCGCGCCCGACCCCGACAGUGACACCCUCGCCUCCUUCCCCAGCAAGAGGUUCCGGAAACCAGAUACUGUGUCCUUGUUAGAACAUACCAGGCUUAGGAAUAUAGCAAUAUCAAGAAGAAAGCUCGACACACCCGUAGAAAAAGUAAUCGCAGCCAUCAACAGUUUAGACCUAAAACAAUUACCACUAGAAAGUGUAGAGAUCCUUCAACGCAUGGUACCGACGGAGGCAGAGCAAAAAGCCUACAAAGAAUACGUCGCUGAGAAAAAACCAAUAAACCAACUAACGGAAGAAGACAAAUUCCUAAUGCAACUCGCCAAAGUAGAACGCAUAUCAGCGAAGCUCUCUAUCAUGAGUUACAUGGGCAAUUUCUUCGACAACAUACAUUUGAUCACGCCGCAAAUACAUGCCAUUAUUUCUGGGUCGUCAUCAGUGAAAUCUUCAACGAAACUACGCAAUGUACUUGAAAUUAUACUUGCGUUCGGUAAUUAUUUGAAUAGUAGUAAGCGGGGGCCGGCGUACGGUUUCAAACUGCAGUCUUUGGACACGUUAAUGGAUACGAAGUCUACUGAUAAGAGGGUGUCUCUACUGCACUAUAUCGUGGCUACGAUCAGACAGAACUUCCCCGAGUUGAUGAACUUCGAUACAGAGCUGUUGUACAUCGAUAAGGCGGCUCAAGUAUCGCUGGAGAACGUGGCGGGCGACGUGUGCGAGCUGGAGCGCGGCAUGGAGGCGGUGCGGCGCGAGGCGGAGGCCCGCGACUGCCUGCGCGCCGCGCCACACCUGCUGCGCGACUUCCUCAACAACGCCAGCGACAAGCUGCGCCGACUGCGCGCCGAGACCAAGCACGCACAGGAUUCGUUCGCGUCGUGCGUGGAGUACUUCGGUGAGGCGCCCCGAGGUUGCGACGCCAAUGCUUUCUUCUCGCUGCUCGUCCGGUUCACGAGAGCGUUCAAGCAAGCAGACGCAGAGAACGAGCAGCGCCGCCGGCUGGAGCAAGCCGCGCAACAAGCUGACCACGUCGACCCCAACAAGGCCAAGCUCGCGCAGAAAAAACAACAGGAGGCUGUAAUCAACGAAUUAAAAACGAAAUCUCAGGCCGUCGGCGAAAAGAAACUGCUUCACCAAGACGAGGUAUACAACGGGGCGCUGGAGGACAUCUUGCAUGGUUUAAGGAGCGAGCCCUACCGCCGCGCUGACGCCGUGCGACGCUCACAUCGCCGUCGCAUCAACUCCCACCGACUCUCGAAGGGACUUGAGGAACUGGAUGUAUGAUACGAACUUGACUCCAGUGACACACUGGAAUCCCCCGUACAGAACGCAGUUAACUCUAUCAACGCUAGGUGCAACACAGACAAAAAGAAACGCCGCAAGGACCUCGAGAUGGUCCACAAAAAGCAAUCGAUAGCUAUCUAUAAUAUAGAGGACAAUGUGACUGAGUUCCCCCCCAGUGAACCCAGGAAGAAGUCCACGUACCGCGUCGCCCCCGCGCCCAUGGACUGCGAGGUCGAGGAACGCUGCGAGCUCAUCAAGUCUACUUACGAAGUCAUUUCGAAGUACACGAGAGCUAUGUUUGAUAAACAAAACGAAACCGUCGUAUGAACGAUGUGCCUAUUUUAUAUUUCGCGUGUAUUGCACUCAUUUACUUAGUCUUAAAUAUAUAUUCAACGUUAUUGGCUUGUAGUUAAAUUGGCCUAAAAGGUACGGAGUUAUAAACGUCCAAUUACAGACAAUUCGAUUAUCGAAACCGUUAAGUGUUGCCAUUUAAAAUUAAUUACCCUGAAAGCCGGGUGCAAUAUAUGUAAGAGUAUACUAACUUUGAUACGCCUACGAUUCAUUCCAUUCCACACGCGACAGCGAUAACCAGUAUUUUGCUACGAUACCGUUUACACGUGUGUUUAUAAUUUUCUAUACGAAAGCUUAGCUUUUAGUAUUUUUAUAUGUGCCCAUAGCUAAUUCGGAAACUCAAUAAAAUACUUUUUAAUAGAACUGAGUCACGAAUCUCAAGCACAAAAUUAAAAAGAAUAGGACCAAAUUUGAAUAUAGAAUUUCAUAGAGAAAUCUCGUAAAGCUAUGGGCAGUUAGUCCCGCUAGAUCAAAAAUGGCCUUUAAAAUUAGACGCACAGGUUUUGUACCGCGAUUUUUUCGAAUUUUAACAUAGAAAAUAGGUAUAAAUGUAACAGUGUCUUUAUAUAUGUACACAUAUACACGAAUAUGAACCAAUAAACGAUGUUUAGUAAUAUAUAACUACUAAUAUAUAGUAUAUAACUUACGCAUUUAUGAAAAUAGCAUUUUUACCUACUUGUGAUAGUUCAAAUUUCUUUUAUAAACGAUUUAAGUAAUAUUAAUUGGCUCCCUUGUUUGCAUUUAAAAAUACCGUAAUUAUUUUCAUGCCGAUAGUUUAACAGUCUCGAAUUAAGAACUUUAUUUCCUUCAGGUAAAGUUCAAAUCGCUAUCAGGCAUUAUUUAGUUUGUGUGACCAGCCAGUUGAUACCGUCUCUGCAUGUAUUAUUUGUAUCGCAGUUAUAAAUAAACAAGGGUGUCUGCAUCUGAUAAUAGUCCUUACAUGACACUGUAGUUAUAAUUAUAUUAUUUAUACAUUUCUAUUCCAACUAGAUUAAGUUUUGUAUACAAACAUUUUCCCCGAUUAAAUUUAUAUUUUUAUGAUCUGGCAAUAAUCUGAUUUGAAAUUCGAAUAAGUUAAUUUAAUUAUUAUUGUAAAUAUGUGUUCGUUUUUCUCUCUGUGAAAGUUCCAAUUUCAGAAAAAUGCGCGUUAAAAUAGAAAAAUGUAAAUAUUGUAUUUUUUAUAUAUUAAUUAUUAUCUAUUCACUCAAGUUACUUGAGCAUUUAAGCGGGCAAUAUAAUUUAGAGUACCUAUGUAUUUAAUAUUAAGCCUGAAAUCGGUACUUUUACAUUAUAAUUAUCGAAUAAGUUUUAAUUAAUUUAAUUGAUCCAGUGGAUGAUGAUUUAAUAUAUUGUAUGUAUGAUGCUUCAGCACUUACCUGGGCGCGUAACAAUUAUAAUUGAAAAAAUAAAAUUAAUAAAUAUUAAAAUUUAUUGAAGAAUAAAAAUCACAAUACUCGUUUACAAUUCGAUUGAAAUAAAUAACGAAACUUCAUUCGCUCAAGAUUUAAUUUGAUUUAUUGUACUAAUGGGAAAAAUUUAAUCGAUUUUUUUUAUAUAUUAUUUUGUUAAUGAUAUCAAUGGGUACGCUCUCGGGUUUCGUCAUAAAAUAGAGGUGCUUUGUCGCACAAUAGCUUGUAAUUACGUUUCGCUAAGUCAUGACAAAUGAUGAAAAGGAUAAUUAGUUCGGGAGUUGUAUAAAAUAUACAGGGUUACGUUAUAACAAAAUAUUUGCACAAAUUUUAAAUCAUUUUAUUAUAUUUAUGUGGUCAUUUCGUAAUUUUGAUUCUGAAGAAAAUUAAUGUGAGUAAAAUGUACGAUUUAAUAAAAAAUAAUUUGUCGUAUAGCAACAUUUUUCACGGCACAAAAUCUUUGUACGCAAUAAGUUGCGAAUUGACCGUGAUAUGUAAUAAAAUAAUUUUAUAUCGAGUCUUAUUAUUGCGUUAUGUAUUAUUAUUGCCAAUACAGUUUCUCAAGUUAUACGUUUUCGAUAUUAUUAUUAUUUCCCGAAUACAGAUGAUUGUACCUUCUCUACCAUAAACAACCAUACCCACCAUUUUACCCCACCAUAGACAAAAAUUACACAGAUUCCUUCAAUGUUGCCAAGAAAUAAAAUCGAGUAAUUUUUUUCAUGUUAAUAAAUCGUUUUAUAGAGUUACGGAUUUAAUAUUAAUUUAUUAUAGUUGUGCGUUUUGUUUUUCAUUAUUAUUUUAUUUCUUGGACAUUUUGGUAAUCUGAAUGUAUUUUAUUGUAUUAUUCUUCACGCUACGUACGUAUAAUAAGCUGUAUUUUUAAAAGUAUUUCAGAUAGUUAAAUAUAAUAUUGAUAAUAUGUGCCUAUCCAGUUCUAUUCCUCAUAUUAAAUAGCAAUAAACUGGCUUUAAAUAUAACAUAGUAAUAAAAUUAUUUUAAAUUAUUUAUAAACACGUAAACCAUAUAAACGUCUUUAUGUACCCAAUUUGUUCGUUCAAAGUAUUUCUUAAAUACACAUUUAAAAAGCUUUCAUUUGUAUUCGGGAACUAUUUAAGUUUAGUAGAAAUUUAUAGAACCGUUUUGUGUAUAGUUAUGUAUUCGAUUUCUGAGUUUUUGUUAGUAUUGCAUGUACGCUAGCAUAGUAACAGUAUUCGGAUGCAAUAAAUAAAACAUACAUUUAAUUAACAGUGAUUUUAUUUAACUUUGUAUAUAUUUUGUGUCAUGUAGCACCUUAUAUCUAAAGUUAUGUUGAGACAGUUUAGUGAUACGCAAUUUUUGCGCUACGUAGGUGGCGCCACUUGAGAAUUAGAUCCUUUCAAGUUUAAUUAGUAAUUGAGUUAUACACUUUGGUGAUUAGAUAAAACUCUAUGUGUGUGUUAGUGCCUCUAUAUAUACAAUGAGCAUUAUCAAAUCAUAGAGUUAAUUAUAAUACAUAUUCAUACUUAUAGGAAAUAUAUGUAUGUUUAUUCAAAACUCAAAAAUAAAAUUAUAUAAUUACAUUAUUUUCUCAUCUACAUAUAUUUACCAAAAUAAGAAAGUAAAUAACAUUGUUCUAUAAAAAAAAGAUAAAAAAUAAAUCUAUAACUACUAAAAAAGAAACAAUUCUUUGGUCCUAAUUAGAUAAAUUACUAACACAUAAAAAACUUUAAUUAUAAAUGAAUUUUUAGUGAUCGAAAGCAAUUACAUUUUAAUAAAAUAGGUAAUCUUAAACUUCUAAUAAAUUUUGGAAAAGUGUAGGUUCUUAGCCUAAUUUGUGGAUUUCAUAACCAUUAAGAAAGUGAGAUCUGAGUAUAUCUUUUAAAUAUCUUUCUUUAAGUACCAAACAAAAAUAAAGUACAUCAUAAAAAUGGAAUAAAGUUUACUUAGCAACUUACUUGCCUGAGUACAAUACUGCCGACGUAUCUUGGCGAGUCUGAAGUUAGCUGAUUAGCAGCACAGUACUCAAUUUUCUUCCUAAAAGAUCCAUUGCGCAGCCAAACGGCUAACUUCAGACUCGCCAAGAUACGUCGGCCGUACUGUCGAAAAGUAAUUUGAGUACAAACAAAAUGGCCAAAUAUUAUAUUUGAAAUGCAAAAAAUAAACAGAUUUUCAAUUUUUAAAUAACAAUGAAGUGUGCAACUCUAUUAAAUAAACCUUCCAUACUCUCAUAUCAACCUAACAAGUAAAAAGAUCCAAGUACUUUUAAAUCACCUUAAAAAGAAAAAUAGUUAAUCAAAAUUAACAUUGAAUUUUUCAUCAGCGACACUCUUGAUUUUCUCAACAAUGGUUUCUACUUCAGCCAUUGCCCCAACACCAGUUUCCCCACACAUCAAAGUUUUACUGAUCGGUGGUAUUUCAGUAUGGCCCCAUUGCUUUAGCAAGUUUAUUUGCUGGGCAGUGAUGGGAUGCUCCCACAUCCUCGUGUUCAUUGCAGGGCAGAAGAUCAAUGGUUUGGACAUGUCCCACGCUCUGGUUGUGCAGGUGAGUAAGUUAUCACAAAGGCCCUGGAAACAUAGUGAUAGUAGUAGUUAUUAGAAAUGAGCUUCUAAAAAACUAUAGUCUAUUUAAAUAAUUAGUUUAGUUAAAUAACUAAAUGUUAACAAUCUUGGCAUGUCUUUAUAUCUAAAUGUUGUCUAAAAAUUGUAUGUAAAAAUGUUUAUAAUUAAAGUCAUUCCAUUGUCAAGGUAUUUACCUCAAUCGGUUUUAGCAGUUUGUUUAGCUAAUAAACUGAAUUUAAAUAUUCUAUUUAUUUUGCACAAACUAUUUAAUAUAAAAAAAAAUGCCAAGAUUUACUUAACCACCUAAACCUCCAGAUAGACCAUGGCUGUAUUCAGAAAAAUCAAUAGUCAAAUCUAGUUAAGAUUUUGUUUACAAGCACACAGUCUGGCUUAAAACAAAGUUUUGUAAAAUCAAUGUCUUACUUACUUGAGCCAUCUUCGCCAGUGUAUUAGCAUCUAGUGGAGCUAUCACCAUAAUGUCGGCCAGCUUGCCAAGCUCAAUGUGUAAAACAGGGUCACCUCUUUGCUUCCAAGCUUGCCACUCCAAACUAUCGUCAUACACUUUCACGUGAGCAGGCAAAUCCGACAUUUUAAAGAAAUGUUUUGCAUGUUCCGUCACUACCAAGUGCACCUACAAAUUAAAAUUAUAAUUUAGAAACAAUUUUUAUACUUUGUAAUUUUUCCAAUAACAUCUAUACAUUGUAAACAUAACCUCGAAGUCAUAAGUCAUUUGGUCCGGAGGUAUUUCUAAUAGAGCUUUUAUUAGAUUCGGUAUUUUUAAGGCAGCUACGCUACCUGUAGCUGCCAAAAGUAAUUUACAAGAUCUUCUUGUAUCAGUUGUAUCCAUUUUAAUAAAAAUUUAAAUAAACAAAUACAUAAAUAUUUACAGUACUAGAGUGACACAAGAGUGACAUUACGUGACAUGACUUGAAUUUUAUAACUUUUAUUCACUUCGUUCAGAAAAUAAAUAACAAUGAACUAUUCCUUUUCCUUUUUUAAUUUUGUUUAGCGAGUUUGGCUUGGUUCUAACAUAAAAACAGAUAUUUUUUAUUAUUAUAAAUAUAAAAAGUCUUGUU